CGGGAAAUGGCCAGUAUGCAACGAGGGCAAAACUAACGUUUGUGGGUAGAGUGUUCUUUGAGGCAGACGGAACGUCCCCCUAUUUCAAAAGUGACCAAUCAUCGCCUCUGAAAAUGGAGGGAAAUGGCUCAUUGGAUUGUCCUUGAGCUCAGCUUGUGCCGACUUGAAGUGAGUUAUUUGCAUACUGGUGGGUAUAAGAACAGCAGAGCAAUCAUGCCAGACACCAUUGUCCCUGACAACUGCUAACCAUGCCUGAUCCAGCCAAGCCUGCCCCCAAGAAGGGCUCCAAGAAAGCCGUGAGCAAGACCGCCGGAAAGGGUGGCAAGAAGCGCAAGAGGACCAGGAAGGAGAGCUAUGCCAUCUACGUGUACAAGGUCCUGAAGCAGGUCCACCCCGAUACUGGGAUCUCUUCUAAGGCCAUGAGCAUCAUGAACUCCUUCGUCAACGACAUCUUCGAGCGCAUCGCUGGUGAGGCUUCCCGCCUGGCACACUACAACAAGCGCCACACCAUCUCCUCCAGGGAGAUCCAGACCGCAGUGCGUCUGUUGCUGCCCGGUGAGCUCGCCAAGCACGCCGUGUCUGAGGGAACCAAGGCCGUUACCAAGUACACCAGCUCCAAGUAAAGUGUUCGCCCACAUUUUCCCAACCCAACGGCUCUUUUAAGAGCCACCCAAA